ACAUACGCCAACUAAAAUGCUCGUAACUUGCUGAAUUCUUGACGGAUUUACAAACGGUUUGGUUUAUUACAAACCUUAUUAACGUGGCUAUGAUUUGUGCUGAUGCCAAUGUUUAAAUUGUAGCUUCACGUUUUGAGAAACGCUUAACAUUGCAGCGUAGCUGUGUGUUUCAUGGCUGCCCUCUACUCUAAAGCGAUACCACACAGUCGACAUUUUCAAUUAUUAACAGGUUUCCUGAGACCAACAACGUUUCUUGACAACCUAAUCUUUUGUCUAAAUGUCAUUUUGUGGAUGUGGUUGUAUUUAUUUGCUGGCUAGCAGUGAAGAGGUCGUGAGUGAGUCACCAAGCAAUUGUAAAUUGGUGGGAGAGGCAGGGUUAGUCUUUCGUUUCAACAUAGCUUUGAGUUACACGUGAUUUCCAAGUGGUUUGGUUUCUUGAAAACAUCUUUACAUUUGGAUUACUUUGUUGGUUUUUUUCUGAGACAACAUUACAAGAUUGGCUACAUAUAUUUGCAUACAUGCAGUACAUAGAAUCAAAAUGAUAAUAUAUUUUAUACUGUAUUUUAGUCCAUACCCUCAGUGUUGAAGGAAAUAAAGGUGCAAGGUUAACAAUCAUUUAUAUCUGACUACUAUUUCUCCCAUUUGUAAGGUUUCCCAAAUGUAGCGAGCGCCGGAGACAGUGGGAGCGUGCCCUGAGAAGGGAAGGUUUUGUGGCUAAUGACAGAACACUGCUCUGCAGCGAACACUUCAGAAAUGAAGAUUUCGACAGGACAGGGCAGACUAUCAGAUUCAAAGCUGGAGCUGUUCCAUCUGUCUUCAACUUCCCUGCUCAUCUUCAGAGGCCGGUAGCACCAAGAAGCACAAACGCUUCAAGAAAAGCAGGAGAAAACCAGCCCAUGUACCCCGAGCAGGAUCAACCUCCACCUGAUGUUGCUCUUAAGGCCAAACUUGAUGCAGCCAUGGCCACAGUGCGUAAACUGUGGCGGGAAAAGAGCAAUGCCUUGGCAAGGGUAAGGAGGGCCAAGAAGAACAUGAAGGCUCUUCUGGAGGAGCUGAAAGCUAAGAACCUCAUCAAUGAAGAGCUGUAUGACAAGCUGGAAUGCUACUCAGAAUUUGUGGUGCGACGCACACUAAAAAAGCUUUCCUGUGAUGUCUGCCGGGCAAGCCUGUUGAUGGAUGCUGAAUCUGCCAGUAAGGACCAGAGCUACCAUCUGCUGACGCUGAAAAACAAUGGAGGUCUUGUCAUCCCAUCAGCAGGCACCGUGAAGGUCGUCAGGGCAGCAGAGUGGGUUGUUCGGCAGGCAGUAGCAGAUUCCAGGAGAUCGCAACCCAUCAAACUGUUGGAGGUCCUCUACAUGGUGAGAAAGAGGAUAGGUGGAGAGGAUGUGUUAUUGCUCGGGGAGCACAUCACUGACACGCGAUAUGGCAUUGACAGUCCAUAAACCAUGACUCUGGUUGUGUCCCUCUUCUUCAAGCUAAGGCUGCACCACAUUGCGAAAAUGUCAACGCUUAGCUUGCAGAAAGACGGUGUGAGACAGAAGCUCACAAAAACUGUCCUUUUCAAAGGGCAGUAGCGCAAACUAUUUGUGCACUUAAAGGAUGGGUUUUCAACUGGUGGUCUGUUUAGUUUGCUACUCUUCUUUGAUGUUUGCAUGUGAAUGAGUGGUGUAUGAGUGUGUGCGUGAAUGGGUGAAUGUGGGGCUUUGUAAAGCGCUUUGGGCACCAAGACGGUGUAGAAAAGCUCUAUGUAAGUUCAGACCAUUUGAGAGAGGAGGAGAGGGAGGGAGCUGUAUUGAUUAUAUUGUAUUGAUGGAAAGAGUUUUGUGUCUUAAUGUUUUUUUUGUGUGCCUUUGGACCGAAGUCAAAAAACAAAGACCCAUCUCUUUUCUCUUUAUUUUACAGAAUGGCAACUUGAGACAGAUUUAUAUUAUACAUGAAUUUACACAUGUAUUUAAUAAUGUUAAUAUUAGUAAUAAACUUAAUUGCACUAUUUCAUGUUUAAUGUACCUUAUAAAUAUUGAUAUCAUUACUGUGUGUGUGUGUGUAUGGGUAUACCUAGUGCUUUACCUGUCUAGUCUACUUAAUAUACUAUUUUCUUAAUAAACUCCGUGGCUAUAA